AUGAUUAUUGACCCUGAUUAUGGCCACGCGGUUGAUCGUCAUCGUAACCCCCUGCUCAGAAAUUUGCAAAAUUGCCGAGACGAAUAUGAACAGACAUCGACAAAGUUGAACAAGUCGGCCGAAUUCCUCCGAACUAUGCCGAUACUGCCACCAUGUUUUGCCCCUCCGCCGUAUGCAACCCUGAGGUAUCGGCAAAUGAACAACGAAGAGAUGCGAAAAAAAGAGAGACAUUGGCGGAACGCAACAAUCAGAUGGAGAGCUCAACAAUCCAAACAUACACACCAGUACGCAGGCGGUCAAACUGCGAGGGACAACAUCAACAACCUCAGAUCUCGAAAAACGACAUCAUCCAACAUGACGGUUGCAAGCAAGACCCAGGCUGCUCUCAUUGGUGGCUCUGACGGGGACAUUGUUCUCUCAAACUACGCGCCAAUGCCACCAGCGCCGCUUGAAGACGACCAAGUAGCUGUUGAGGUAAAGGCAAUUUCGCUCAACCCAGUCGACACCAAGAUGACGGGCGGGUACCACACCACAGGAGCCAUCUCUGGCUGUGAGUUUGCAGGCAUUGUGACAGCGGCUGGUCCCGUAGCUACGAAAGACUGGGGAUUACGUCCUGGAGACUGUGUAAGCGCCGCCAUCAUGGGCAUGAACCCAUUACGCCCGAAGAUUGGCGCAUUUGCCCAACAUUCUGUCGCACCAGCUCGAUGCGUCCUCAAGAUGCGCAAUGACUGGACCUUUGCCCAAUCAGCUGGCAUCGGAAACUCCUGGUACACCGUAGCGUGGGCGCUCUUUCAUACCAUGGGUCUCCCAGCAGGACCAAAUUUGGAGCCACUCAACAGCGAGGUGUCGCCACCAGUGCUGCCAGGGCCGAAGAUCAAUAUCAACAACUUUGGGGGAGCUGCCGGCAAACGGACGACGGUUCUGGUCAGUGGAGGAUCGAGUUCAACGGGCACAUGUGCUAUCCAACUGCUGAAGAUGGCAGGUUUUAGCGUUGUGGCAACCUGUUCUGAGCGUAAUUUUGACCUGGUCCGGUCUUAUGGAGUCGAUGUCGUUUUCAAUCAUGCAUCACCAACUGCCGCAGAUGACAUUCGAGCCUAUACUCGCAAUGGGUUACGUUUUGCGCUGGACUGCAUCACCACUACUGAAACCACACGCCUGUGCUACGCAGCGCUUGGCCGAUCUGGAGGACGUUACGUGGCUCUCGAUCCAUACAGUGAAGCCAUUGCGGCGACCCGUGCAGUUGUCCGUCCGGACUGGGUUCUUGGCCCGGAGAUGAUUGGCGAAGUUGUCGGCUGGCCGGCACCGCAUGGUCGCAGGGCUAAUCCGACUGCAAAGGCAUUCUGUGAAGUGUGGAAUCGAACUCUACAGGGACUUCUAGACCGCGGGUUGAUUCGUACGCACCCACAACUGAUUAGGGACACGGGUCUUGCAGGCGCUUUGGAAGGGUUUGAGGACAUUCGAGCGAAGAAAGUGUCCGGGCAGAAACUGAUUUAUACAUUAUGA